AUGACAUUAAGGCUAUUUUGCACACAACUCCACCCAGCCUCGGGGACUUGGCAACGAGCCCAUGCAACUUUCUAUGGUGGAAGUGAUGGUUCUGGUACAAUGGAGGGUGCAUGUGGAUACGGAGACCUUUACACUGAUGGUUAUGGAACACACACUGCGGCGCUGAGCACAGCUUUAUUCAAUGAUGGCGCGUCGUGUGGCGGGUGCUAUGAGAUAGUCUGUGAUGCAGCCAAUGACCCUCAAUGGUGCCUUAAGGGUAAAUCCAUUACCAUUACUGCUACAAAUUUCUGUCCUCCAAACUAUGAUCUCCCAGCUGACAAUGGAGGAUGGUGCAAUUCUCCUCGACCGCACUUCGAUAUGUCUCAACCUGCCUUCCAGGCUAUUGCCAUGUACAAGGCUGGAAUCGUACCUAUUCUCUAUAAAAAGGUGACAUGCAAGAGAAGUGGAGGCAUCAGAUUUACCAUCAAUGGAAGGAACUACUUUGACCUGGUGCUUAUAUCAAAUGUGGGGGGAGUUGGAGAGGUCUCUAAGGUAUGGAUCAAAGGGUCUAAAUCCAAUAAAUGGGAAGUCAUGAAGAGAAAUUGGGGUUCCAAUUGGCAGAGCCUAACCUAUCUAAAUGGUCAGAGCUUGUCCUUCAGAGUCCAAACCAGCGAUGGGAAGACCGUAACAGCAUUCAACGUUGUACCUUCAAAUUGGGUAUUUGGGCAGUCGUACAAAAGCAAUGUUCAAUUUCACGCAUAG